AUGGUGAUUUGCAUCCCACAGAACAAUGAUAGCUGUGCCCAUGGUUGGAAGGUCUCCAUGACGUUGUAAGUCAACUCUGUCGUCUUCGCAGUGAUGAAGAUCCUCGGAUUUUAAUUUUACCAAGCAGGCUUGGCCUGCCAUGGGUCAUAAGGUUCAAGAGUUCAACUCGUACUCUACUUCAAUCACUGGAGUUGGUUUAUUCGCAGUAAUGGGGAAACAGGCGUUUCGGGCGAAGGUCCGUCAGGAUGAUCCGGUGCAAUAAUGGGAGCAUUCAGGAGAAACACCAAAGUAUCUAUAACUUCAUUUGCUAAGCGAGGUCGACUAGAUGCAGUCGGUGUCCGGGAUUAGGUGGCUAGUAUGCGCUCAUUAAGUACUAUUUGUUGUCCGUCUUUUAAUUAACAGUCUGUAAAUUUGGGACUUUGAUACGGUUUGUUGCACAUGUCUAUUCCGAGCAUACACAGUAUGCUUGAGUAUCGUGUUAGGGCGCCACGGCCCGACUUUAAAUUCCAUUUAGUCUUCUUGGAUCUCAAUUUGCCGUUGCGACUUGCUCAAGUACUGACUAUAUAUGAUAAAAAUCGUUAAUACAAGGCAGUUCCCGUGUGUAAGAAAGCCCAGAGCCGAGAUGCCCACUGUUUUCACACACUCCUUCAAAUAAGGUCCCCCACAAGAGCAAAGUUGGUGGACAGACAGCCAUGAAUUAAAGUUGACACCAGCAGAAACUGUAAUUCUCUACAGACUUUGGAUUAGACCAGCGAAGAUCACAGUUUCUGACUGCUAAUAAAAUAUGCACGAGGUUGCGAUUGGAAGUCCAGAUUUUUAUUGCCUCCAUCAGAGAUGCCUGAAGUUGGUAGAGCGGCACUCACCGAACGUUUUUACGGAACUCACUCGUCCCGUUUUGCCUACGAGCUCAUUCUCGAGCCCAGUCAGUAGCCGAACAGCGGCGCGUAACAGAGACCGUGUAACAUUACCGACGAAGUCUAGGGGGACUAUAAUGUUCAUUUCUGGCUUAUUAGCCAUCGUCAGCCAACCAUACCCAGCUCCGAGGUGUGCAACAACGGAACGAGUGAGUUUCGUAACACGACAUGUGAGCGCUCCUUCACUAUUGUAUAUUUCCAAUUGCAACCGACAGGACAACGAGCCCGUGACUCCGUGGAUAGAGGCGUUGGACUUCUAACCAACAGGUCGCGGGAUCGAGCCCCAGGUGUCCCAUACCUAGGGAUUGGGUAUAGCUGGCUGGCGACGGCUAAUAAGCCCGUAAGGACCAUCCCAGUCUUAUUUGUCUUUGCCGGUAGUGUUUUGAUUAAAUUUAGCAAACUUCAAAUGACCUCUUUGUGAUAUUUUACACUUUUGGGAUAUUUUGUCCUUAAAAACAAAAUAAAAUACCUUCCUUCAAAAUGACUUAAAGACGUGCACUUUAUAACUCUUUUCCUGGCGUGACGGCAAACUUCGUAUGGACAUUAAGCAAUAUUGUGGAGCACACACCAGACACGUACAGACAUCUUUAAGGAAGGGUUCGUGUUUGCGCUAGGGCUAUAUCAUUGGGAGUUUAUCAUAAUAGACCGUAGAGAGCCAUACCUAUAUUCCGCCAUGCAUAUCAUUGUUUCGGCAGUCCUAAGUAGGUCAUGGUACGGGACAGUUAAAUAAAGGACUUGGCAAAUGUUUCGAGACGUUUAGAAAUUCUGAGGUAGACCAUUUCACUAGGUAUUUUUGGGAUGCAAUUUUCGCAAUCUUCCUGACUCAGGAACAUGUGUCUGUGGUAACUCAUCCUUUGUCUGCUGGCAGAAUUCAAGGACCUCGGUGUUCCAGUGAAACUUCGUGAAAAAUCCACAAAGCAAUCUAUUAUUCAAAGUACAGCCCCAUUGUACACGACUGAAAGAAAUCGUUUGGUCGGUUGAUUUAAACCGGGGUUUAUGAAAUCCUCUUCGCUGUAAAACCCAACAGACUUGGUGCACAAAAGGGAAGCAAGUCAUCGAAAACUAGUCCCUGAAUUUUGCACCUUCGAACGGAGGCCGUCCACUUUUCAUCACAACGAACAGGAGUGUUGUGCCAACUUUUGCAAACUGUAAAUACCCUGCUCCGAGUAUAGAAUCAUUGAAAGGGAGUAAGCGUGGUUGGUUACCUUCAUUGGAAUGAAUUUUCCAGUAUUCAACAGUCCUACCCAGAGUUUUUACGUUCCUCAGAACCCGUCAUUUAACCCUUCCACCUAACGUUAUCUCCGUUAAACAGCUAUUUUGUCGCUUGUAUACUAAAACUCAUCUUUUUUGUUUAUGUCUGCCCACAGUUUUCACGUGGGAGAGAGAGGAGGGGCCAAGUAACCCAUCUUUAGAACUUUUAUGAUAGCCGCAACAAAUUUAGAAAAUAAUAUUCCAAAUGAAGUCAACACUUCUACCGGUGUCGGAGGAAUAAAAAAUAGAACGCUGUCUUAAUCACUCAGAAAUCAAACAAGUGUGCAAUUUUGAUAGUGACCCUGCCCGGAUAUUGGCAGUAAGUGCUAACAUCUCAUCGGAUAUAAUGGUGAUCCUGUGAACAAAGUACUAUUUCUGCCCAAAAACCUGUCGUCGUGCUUUAUGAAUCUUGAUCUGAUUCUGUUAAAGGAUGACUUGAGCUACGGUUUAUAACAAACAUACUAGCCAGCUAGGCCACGCACUCCGUCAUGGGUAAUGGGUAGCAAUUUUAAAAAAUGCCCACUGUAGGCCAACUUCAUUUGUCAGAAUUCAUGUCAGGACGCGUAUUUGUCCAGAAAAGGCUUGUAAAUAUUCCACAAACGUAAAACCUUAUGAUCACAGCAUGUCAGAUACAAAAGAACAACUGUUUGCAGGGAAGAUGCUUAGAAAACGGUUCUAAAAUAGGCAAUUUGGCUACUUGUUUACUUUCUGGGCAGAGUCACGUCAAUAAAAAUGCAUGGUCUGGAGGCAGAGUUUCCUUAGAAGCGUCUGCGCCUAAUUAGACAAAACAGGCAACUAUGACGAAAUGAAAAAUGUCAUUGCUAAGGCUGACCUUCUGACUGAUAGCUGCCUAGACGGGAGGAGACUGCAAAAGAGCAACCAGUGGUCAGCAUCAGAGGGCCUCACAAUCGCAGUGCAGGGGGUGCAAACUAAGUACUGUUGAAGAAGAUUCAUUUACUGUCGUCUAUAAAAUGGUUCAGAUGUGUUUAUGUAGCCGCACCAGAGAUAAUCAGGCCCCAGUCACCUGUAAUACGGGACUGAUGGUAAUAUGGGUUUUACAGUUGGGACUGCACGACGCACAGGCAGCAAGGUCAAGUAAUUUUAUGCAAAAGAAAAGCUAUUGGGAGGUGCGGUUGUACUUCGAAUGGUUGAGAACUAGUUGCCCUAACCCCUAACGCUAACCCCCAACCCUAACCCCUAACCCUAGCCCUUCACCGUAGCCCUGAACCCUAACCCUGAAAAAUCCUAUGCGAACGUGAGAAGGAGACGACAGGUCGAAAGUCAAGAAGGAUCACUGGCAUUGGGCCAAAAUAGGAAGACACGGCAACAGAGGAACAUGGCCGCCAACAAAACACACACCGCAACGCUUAGCAACAUCAUGCCAACGUAAUCACACCGACUCAAAAUAAUUGAGUAGGUCAGCAGUAUUGUGUUCACCAGGUGGGGCUACAUAACCACAUCUUACCAUAAAAUGCCCCAGCAACCAGAUGGGCCUCGGCAUUUAUGUGUGGAGGUAGGACACAGGAGUAGGUACCAACCCCUCCCCCCUUACUACUGGUGGCCUUAUGCUAAACUCCAAGACGGGGUUAAAUUAGUGUUGGGGUUAGGGCCAAAGAUGGGACACGGGAAUAGGUGUCCCCCUCGAGUUUAGCGCACUUAUUCCGUGUUCAACCACUGCCGACGACAAACAAUUCAAGCAUAAAAGUGAAUACCCUGGCGGUUUACUGAGAAGGCCUUGGUGACUUGGCACCCGCCCCCCUCUCCUGAACAAACUGAAGACCUAACGAGGAAAAAAUGCUGAACAAUCCUGCGAGUUCAUCAUCAGCGCUUUACUGAAGGCUUUUUUCGUGCAAAGUUCACAAGACUUCAUUUUAUCCCCUGCGAAACACGUACAUGUCAUCCGUUAUUCAGGCAGUCUUUUUCUUCAGUGUUACAUGAUAUAUGAGUCCUCCAGUUGAGGCCAUCUAAAACUGCAGCAUUUGUGGUAUAUGAUCUUUAAGGAAAGAUGAACAGAUCGCUGGAUGCCUUAAGGGACGAAACAUUAGGAAAAUCCGAAAAUUCAUAUGGCCACCCUCGGACUUGCUUACGACCUCCAUUCUGGACGGGAUCCUGUAGUGUGUGACCCCGCUGUAGGCCGCCAAUUUAGUGUUCCACUUCUCGGACUCGAAAGUAUGAUACUGGUACUAACAAAUCCUGCGUAAACAUGAAACCGAAGUGAACGGACUGGUAGUUGGCACACGAGGACCCCAGCAGUUACAAUCGGUUCGGACAGAUGUUUUGGUUCUCAUAAGUCCACUUGUUGGCACUUUUAAUGCGCAACACGUGAUGCAACGGGCAUCACGUCCGAUAAAUCGCGGAAGUUUUGCCGUUGUCUGAUCCGGACACUCGUUGGACCCCAUCCCGCGCUAUGAGGUAGAACAAUGUCAGCUCUGGUAGAUGCUUGAUCUUGAUCGUGACAAUUUUGCGUUGUGCCCGUUGACCCUGCUGUUGUUCAAGUCAGCGUCAGUGAAACUACUCCCUCCGCGGAGAGCACAACUAACAUCUUUUUCCUUAACUCCGUCAGGCUCUAUUGUCUUCGUUCCAACUCGGUACUCCAAAGACAAACAGUAAGAGAGUAAAGUCUAAGUUUGGGUAACAUCAAAUCCCGGUCUUUUUUCUGAUUAUGUGUUGUGCAUUAUAUUUUCUGCUUUAAAGCUCCAUGACCAUGCUCGGUACAACUCAAACUAUGUACCUCCUGAGCUUGACUUUGCUGCUGAUCAUGAGCUUCGUGGUACUGACUGUUCGUUUCCUGGAUUUCUUCUACCGCUUACUGAUUUAUUUGACGUCAUUUCUACCUUGAAACUGCCAUUUAGUAGAGCGAAAGUGUGUCCUGAUGUCCGCACCUAAUGACCCUUGUCGGAGAAGGUCAUAGUCCCUAGCGUCCUGCUUGAGAGCUUCUUCGGCAUUCCGAGCCGCUGCUUCUGAGUGUGUUCUUUUUGCAAAUCUUCGUGUCUAAGAGGAACUGAAAAGACUGGUUGCUAACUAUAAAACCAAAAUUUCCAGUAUCAUACGGUGGGACUGGUGUGGAAGGCGUGAUUGUGGGCUCCAAAAAGGUCCAUCCGGACAAACGUAGGAACCCCCAGGUCGGGCGGUAUUAAAAAGACAUCACAUUCAAGUUCUAAUAGGAGUAUCUUUGAACGGUAGACCGUCGUUAUUUAAACGGAUGUGAGCGAACCCCUCAGUUAUUCGCCAAGAUGAAACACGAGGGCAGACUUGGCUAAACAUUAAGUAAGGUCAAACGAGGCAGACCCCACUAAUGCAUAAUAGAACCCAUUAUCCGGUACCAGCGAAUGUGACGAAAAUGGGAAUUAAAUAACCCAGGAUGGCCGGCCAGGUAAUUAACUCUACGAUUAAUAGUGCUCGACACGAAUGUGGCACCUGCAAGUUGACCGGAAUACAAUCAUAUAACACAUGACAGUUUGUUCGUUGCAAGUGACGAAGUCAACCACUGCUCAUGAGGCUCGAUGUCGUGGUGACUUGCUCACAAAUCCAUUUAGACUGCAGCAUCCGCCACACUUUCCUCCCACACCACCAACCGUCUUUCACUGGCAAAACAAAGUCGAGACGAUCGAAGCCGUGUAUUCUGCUCCCAACCGCAUCCGUGAAACCGAGCGUCCCUGUCCGGUUUCCCCUCCCUUCUCCCUCCCCCCAAUCACAGUAAUCCAGAGAGCCCAACCAACUUCGAGGCUGAUGGCUGACGUGUCCUGGCUCGAGACACUCGGGCACCUGAUCCGGCAGCAGCGGACAUGCGCUUCUCGUCUGGCUUUUAAUCAACCCCGGCAUAUCUCUCCUCCACCCGGCACAAAAUCCAGGGCUCUCUCUCUCUACUGGCGUCGGCAAGGAUUAAGUGUAUGCCCAGGGAAAAUAAAAAUCAUAGAGUACUGCCCACCAUAUUUUUCUGAGCUGCUGUUUCGCAGAGUUUUUGGUCGACCCUCCGUCGGCAGGAUGACAUUCGCUCACCUGUACUGCCCCGAGGAUACGGUACCGCCAAGAUGUUUACACUGAUUGAUUACUCUGCACCCCCACGCGUAAUUCUUUAGUAAGAGGACAGCUGCUGUCGGGUGGUAAAAAAUACCCGAAAUAAUGUUAGAUGGAAUGCAUACGUCUACCAGUAAUGCAGGAUUUUUAAAACGUUGGUGAAUUUGUUCCAGUGAUCGCAUCUUCGUCUUUUGAAUUGGCAUUUUCUUAUCCCGCGAAUAUACUUAGUCCUUGUCUUUGCAUCUAACUUCUCCCCUUCCCACUUGAAAGUCGAAAUUGCUAGGGUCUGCCGUGACAACUUUCAAACCCAUGUGAUAGUUUCUGGCUCGUCUGGCUUAUAAUAGACGGAAAUGUUCCCACUUGCAAUGAGGUGGGCCGCAGUAUCGGUCAUUGUCCCUCUUCCGUGCACUAUUGGCCUAUCAGUUGGGGAACGCCGGGACUGCAUGCAGCGACCGACCUAACAGAAAGCCUUCCUCGAAAACAGAACCGACAGUUCGACCGUCGUGACCGAUGAUGCCCACCAUUCAACAGGGCGAGCGGGGGAACGGUGACUUUCGCUGCAUCUAGCCCACUCUCUCCUCCCCCUCCUUCCAACCUGGACAUGGCGUCAAAACGGAAUUCGGAAGGCCAGAAGCGAGAGGGGGCGGAGGUGGCUGGCACGGCUAAAAUCAGCACGUAGGCAUACCACCACUAUCCCGGUACAGCAACCUACCCUGAUUAGGGUUUUACACAACAAGAGAAGAGGGGUCCUCCAACCCUCUUACAGUCCGACGGGGUGCAGUAGUGCCUGUUGUGAACCCACGUGAAGGUCGUAGCAGGUCGCUCACUUGGUUGCAGGUACGAACACACUUAGCGACCAUUAACUGGCACCCAACUCUCGUCUGUGGCUUCUCGAAGCUAGGCUCUGUCUGGAGAUCACACUUCAGUAACCGCCUUGACUGACAGGUCAAACUAGGUGAGGGUUUCCGUGUGUAGCCCUCCACACGGCAAAUCUACUCCCCUUCUUCAUCCUUCCUCCUCACCUCCCACCUUACCCUCCCUCUUUUUCUUCCUCUCCUUUAGCCUUCUUUCCCCCAUCCUCCUCCCCCUUCCCCUCCUCCCCUCAACCUCUCCCGCUCCUCCUCUGGUCUUCCCCUCCAUUUCAACCCUCCUUCUUCCUCAAUCCCCCAGCUCUAUACUUUACUCUCUUCUUUCCACGGGCGGAAGAUUCUACGGCGAAGGCGACAUGCAAUCACGUGGGCGACCCAAGACAUUGGUCGUCCUCUCACUAAGGCCCAUAAUCCAUAGUGGAGAGCGGCGGUUGCCUUGCGCGACUAAACAACUCUAGAAAGAGAGAGCUGUCUCUUCUUUCCCGCGAGGGGGAGGGGGCAAUAAAAGUUGUCCUAAAAAAUUGCUGGUUUCACAACAUUUGCGUGCAGACCGUGGCUCCCGAACUGCUUUACAUGCGGUCGAAACCAAAGCAUAGGACAAAAUACUCUCUUUCUCUCUCUUCCUCCUCCAUUUCAACCCACCUCAAAGGAGUUCCCUUUUAGAUAAUCCCAGGAGCGACAGACCGGAAACGGAGGAUGGCGCUAGCGCUUGGGGACUGGCGCACUAUAAAGUGGGCAUCGCUGCUCUCAGCGAGACCCGCUUCUCCGAACAAGGCCAACUGGAGGAGAUGGGUUCCGGUUAUAACUUCCUCUGGAGCGGCCGCCCUAGGGCAGAGCGACGAGACGCGGGCGUCGCCUUUGCCAUCCAGAGCGAAAUCGUAGGACGACUGCCCUGUCUCCUGCAGGGUAUCAACGACCGACUGAUGAGUCUGCCUCUCCGAAGGUUCAACUUCGCCAUUCUCAUCAGUGCCUAUGCCUAA